AAUAUAAUGUCAACAACUUGGAAUUCUACGCAAAGUAUUAUAUUUUUAUACCAUUUUAUUCGUAUUUAUUUUUAUAUUUUUUUAGCAGUUGUUAUCUGUUGAAUCCGCUAGACGCAAUAGACGCACGUCAAUAAAAUAUAAGUCACUACCGGUUACACACUGCUCACAAUUUACUUAUCAGCGUUUGUUAUCACUUAUGAAGAUCGAGAUCAUUGAACAGUAGUUUUCGGUCAUUAUCUAGUUACAAGGCUGAAUAAUUAACAGUAAAUUAAAAUGAGCAGUUCAUUCAAUACCAUUCUGUGAAAUUGAUUAUACUUAGCGUGACAGCAUUUAACUUUUUUAUAUACUUGCAUGGCUCUCAAGAGCUUGCUACGUUCAUCGUAUUCUUGCAGUAAACUAGCUUUAAAUAACUUGAGAAACAUGAGCAUCGAUAUCGGAGGUAUGAGAAUUAAAUAUAAGGAUAAGAAUGACACCUUUUUGGAGAAACAUUUGGUGUCCAAAGAGCCUUUUGGGCAAUUCAAGGCAUGGUUUGAAGAAGCUUGUUCUAAGAAGGAGAUUCUAGAACCCAAUGCUAUGUGCUUAGCCACUGUAUCCAAAGAAGGUUUCCCAUCAGCAAGAUUUGUGUUAUGCAAGGGAUAUGGAAAGGAUGGAUAUAAAUUCUUCACUAACUAUGAAAGCAGAAAAGCUAAAGAAAUGGAUGGGAACCCAAAUGUGGCAGCAACAUUCUACUGGGAAGUCCUAAACAGAUCUGUUAGGAUUGAGGGAUUUGUGGAGAAAUUAGAUGAAGCUGAAUCAACAAAAUAUUUCCACUCAAGACCUGCACCCAGUCAAAUAGCUGCCUGUGCAAGUUUCCAAAGCACUCCCAUUGAAUCAAGGGAUGUCUUGGUUGAGAGGGAAUCUGUUUUAGAAGAAAAAUAUUUGAUUCCAGAAAAAGAGGUUCCAAAACCAAGCUAUUGGGGAGGAUACAUAAUUCGCCCAAGAGCUGUUGAGUUUUGGCAAGGCCAAAGAGAUCGGCUUCAUGAUAGAAUUAAAUUCAGGAAGCCCAAGGAGGGAGAGGUUCCUGAUGGGAAGCUCUUGCAUCAAGGAGAAGAUGGAUGGGUCUAUGAAAGACUAUCUCCUUAGAAACUUCGUAGUUGUAAGACAAAAUAGGUGUUUAGUGAAUUUAUAUGAAUUUUAUUUAAACCAUUUAUUGUAUCAAAUGUAAUAAAUCUAUUAAAGUUUGUUAUAGUUAUUUA